AUGAGCACGCACGACAUCGAGAAGCUCCCUCCGUCGGCUGCGCAGGCGCAUCUGGAACCCCAGACCGCGGAUACAGUCGCCAAGGAACCCCUUGAUUUCAGCAACCAUGUCCCAAGCAAUAGACUCGCCCGCAAGCUGUCCGCCCGCCAGGUGCAGAUGAUCGCCAUCGGAGGCACCAUCGGCACAGGGCUGUUUCUGGGAACGGGCAAGGCACUAGCAACAGGCGGGCCCGCGUCGAUGCUCAUCUCGUAUGCCAUCUGCGGCGGGAUCGUGUUUGUGACGAUGCUGAGCCUGGGCGAGAUGGCGGCGUUCAUCCCCAUUGCUGGGUCGUUUUGUACGUUUGCUGGUCGUUUCGUCGAUGAUGCGCUGGGGUUUGCCCUAACGUGGAACUACUGGUUCAAUGAUGCUGUGUCGACUGCGGCGGAUAUCAUUGCGCUUCAGCUGCUGCUUCAGUAUUGGACGGAUAAUUUCCCGGGCUGGGCAAUCAGCUUGAUCUUCCUUGUCGUUGUGAUUUUCUUGAACAUGAUGUCUGUGAGGGUAUACGGAGAGAUCGAAUAUUGGCUCAGUCUGUUGAAAGUCAUCACUAUCAUUAUAUUCAUCAUUCUCGGAAUUGUGGUCAACUGUGGUGGGAACACAGAGCACAAGUAUCUCGGUGACAAGUACUUCUACAUCGGCGAUGCUCCCUUCGUCGGCGGGAUCGGUGGCUUUGCGUCUGUCUUCGUCACAGCUUCCUUUGCUUUUGGCGGCACUGAAUCCAUUGCCAUUACAGCCGGUGAGACCAAGGAUCCAGCCAAGAACAUGCCCCGGGUGGUCCGUAACGUCUUCUGGCGCAUCUUGCUCUUCUACAUCGUAUCCAUCAUCCUCAUUGGCCUGAAUGUGCCAUACAACUAUCCCAACCUGUCCAAGAAAACCACCGCCACCAGUCCCUUUACCAUCGUUUUCAUGCAGGCCGGCAGCGCUGUCGCAGGAAGCUUCAUCAACGCCGUCCUCAUGACUAGCGUCAUCUCCGCCGCCAACCACGCCCUAUUCGCCGGCUCCCGGCUUCUCUACACGCUCGCCGUGGACGGCCAUGCGCCUGGGUUCUUUGGUAACCUCAACCGCUUCCAGAUCCCCUGGGUCGCGGUCCUGGCCACAUCCGUCAUCAGCGGCCUGUGCUUCGGAGCCAGCUACAUCGGCGCCGGCCAGCUGUGGUCCUGGCUUCAGAACAUCGUCGGCGUCUCCAACCAAAUCUCCUGGGUCUGCAUCGGCAUCGCAUCGCUGCGCUUCCGCGCCGCCAUCCGCCGCCAGAACCUCGAGCACCUCCUCCCCUUCAAGAACUGGACCUACCCCGUCGGCCCCCUCAUCGCCGUCGUCCUCAACAUUGUCCUGAUCCUUGUGCAGGGCUGGUCCUGCUUCAGCCCGACCUUCCAGGUCGUCGACUUCGUCUCCUUCUACAUCGAGAUUCCCAUUAUGAUCAUCAUGUUUCUCGGCUGGAAGCUGGUCAAGCGCACGCGCUUCGUGCGCCUCGAUGAGAUGGAUCUCGUGACGGACCGCUACGAUCUGGAUCCGGAUUAUGAGGCUCCGGGGGCCGUGUAUCGGGAUCCCGUGGAGGAGGAGAGUCGGUCGCGGAUUGGGCGGAUGUUUCAGAUCAAGACCGGGGAGGGGGAGAAGGGGUUGUGGGGGAAGAUGAAGAGGGUGGGGAUGUGGUUGUUCUUAUAA